AUGCCUGUCGUGACGAGAGCCAAGUCCGGAAAACUUCCUGUCCGGCGACAAGUCAGCCAGGCGACAUCUGACGUCGAGGCUGUAGCUGGCUCUACUUCAACCGAUAAUCAAGAGACGUCAUUAACACCACGUCCGGCCAAACGAGCGAAGACCGUCGCGUCGUCCAACGCCGCGCCAAUGAAGAAACAGAGCAAGGGACUUUCCAAGCGAAAGCAAGGCCUGCUCAGCGUACUCCCCACUCUUCCAUUAGACAUUCUUUUUGAGAUAUUCAGCCACCUCACUCCUGCCAGCCUUCUCCAUCUGUCGCGUGUCUCCAAAGAAUUUCGUCAAUUACUGCCGAUUCGAAGCCGUGCUAGUCUAUGGAAGUCGUCUUGGCAGAACCUUGGUCUUCCAGUCGUUCCCCCACCUUGUCCGGACGGUUGGUCCGAAAUUGCCUGGAUCAACCUGUUCUUUGGAGUCCCCCUCUGCCAGACGUGUGGAGCGAAGACUGAUAACGAGAUUGAUUUCUGGCAUCGUCGCCGAGCAUGCAAUCCAUGUCUGCUAACCAGCCUCAUCCGCGGAAACGACGCGGUUGAACUUGUAUCGGAUCCCGAGUGGCUCGCCUAUUUGCCCAACGCCAGCGUGUACCCACGGGACUCGAGAGGUGUACUGCUACGUGGUGCUUGGUUCCUCAAGCAGGACGUACUCGAUCUGCAAUCGCAAAUGAUCAUCCUCACUGAGGGCCUCCAGCCUGCAGAAAAGAAAGAGAAAAUUCAGUCUCUCCUGGACAGCCGAGCCCAGUCGGGCGAGGAUCUGCGUACACAUGUGGCUAUGUGCAAGAACUGGGCCCGUAGUCUGGAAAACGCACAGUUAUUUGACAUUUACUUGGAUAGGGCAAAGCGACGUACAGAAGUCGAGCAGCGAUGCGUGGCUAAGGGAUAUACAACUGCCGAUUUCGUUGCAGUUGCAUCGCAUCACGAAAUACAGUCACUUCGGAGCGAUAAACCCGUGUCCAAGCGAAUUUUUGCCAAAAUAUUUCCGCAUCUUGAAGAUGGACUCGAGAGUGCUAAGUCCAAGAGACUGUGGCGCGAGCGUGUCGGUCGCAAGGAGCGUCGCGCCGAACUAAUACAUACACAGUAUGCCGAGUAUUGGACGGCACUUCAUCCACACAGUCUGGUGUUUCUGCCAAAAACGGUUGACUUUGACAGGCUUAGCCGGAUCGUGCCUCUCCUCAAAGAUGACUUAGAACCCAACGACGAUUUCAAGGCCCGCGUGCAGCAAGCGAUCCAGGACUCGGUUGAGGAAAUCGAAGCGAGGGCAGUCAGGCUCAAGACAUUGGUACUCUCCUCUCUUCCCCCGGCUACACUUACCGAUUCUGCACCGUGUUCUCCCUUCGAUAUACCACGAGAGUUGCAGUUAGCGAAGAAUGUUUACACUCGCAAUCCGCAAACUACCCAAGUUAGCCUGUACCUUGAUGAGGAAACUACGGAUGAUAGCCUGGAGUAUUAUGCUCUGUAUGGGCUGGAGAUCCUCACGGCUCGUUUUGAUUACGAUGAUUGCGACGUUCCGUCUCUCAACGCGUCUGCUCAGGCCAUAGUUCUCGGAAUGCUCAAACUGCUUGGUCUGGAUCCGGAAACAACGACAACGGCGGACCUGUAUCAUCUAGAUCCACAGUUUUUUUGUCACAGUCUGAGUUGCCCGCGAAAGCCUAGGUCUUGGAGAUCUCAUCUAGAUCAUGUUUUGGAAAUGGAUAUUAAGAAAGAUCCCGCGCAGUGCGACCAUGGGUCCGAACUCCUCUCAGGGGCAGGACGACGUCAAGUUGAUGAUGGAGCUCAGGCCGAAAGAGGCUGGGGUUGCUCACACUGCACAGCGCAUUACACAUUGCACCCUCAUUACUUGCCGCUGGGACCUUCGCUUGACACAGUGGUAUGGAUGCGUCGCAGAGAAAUUACGAAGCACCUCCUAGAAAUACAUAGAAUAGACAAGCCACGUCAAGAGCUCGACUUCUACUAUCACCCGUAUGGACGCUACAGUGGGAACGGAAAAUGGUUCUUCGACAUAGAGACAUGA